AUGCGGAAGAAGAAGGCAAAGAAGGCCAAAGCGGACGCCGGAACUCCGGGAAUCGUCUACAUUUCGAGACUACCACCCGGAAUGACCCCUCAGAAGGUCCGGCAUCUCAUGGCGAAAUGGGGAGAUGUAGGGAAGGUGUACGCGCAGAGACGGGAUGCCCCAACUGGAUACAACCCUAACUCUUCUACCCAGAAGAAGCAAAAGCAUCAACGGGCGGACUUUACCGAAGCAUGGGUCGAGUUCUUGAGCAAGUCGGUGGCCAAGAUGGUGGCGCAGAUGUUGAACGCACAAAUGAUAGGCGGGAAGAAGGGGGACAAGUGGAGGGAUGAUAUUUGGACCAUGAGAUAUCUGAGCGGGUUCAAGUGGGAGAUGCUGGGCGAGCAGAUCGCGUACGAACGUCAAUCACACCAGGCGCGACUACGGAACGAGAUCUCCCGGUCGAAGACGGAGCAAGGCGAAUAUUUGCGCAAUGUCGAACUCGCUCGCGUGCUGGAGAAGCGGAAACAGAAGCGGAUUGCAGCGGGUGGAGAUGGGUCUGUGCCGGAGAAAGCUGGGAAAGAGCCCAAGGCGAGCUCGGGAGAUCAGGAUGGGAAGAAGCAGGGGUAUCGACAAAGACAGGCGGAAAGCGGGGCGAGGGGGAUGGAUGGGGCUGGGAUGGAGAGUGUUUUGGGUAAUGUCUUUGGUUAG